AUGGCGUCGGCCGCUGGCCAUUCACGUUCGGCGGAGGAAUCUGAUCUCCUCCAAAGAAGCAGAAAGAAGAGUAAAGAAGGAGAUAAGGCUUUUAGUCAUGAUCAAACUAUGGCUUUGGUGUCAAGAGAUGAUAACUGGAUGCAUGAGAACAUGUCAUUCAAGGAGAUGGUAAUGAGACACAAUGGAGAAUGGCCUCUGGAAGAUGAACUGAAUAAAAUGAAUGAAGAAGGUGAGGAGGAUGCGCAGGGAGAAAUCGAAGGUGACAAAUUAAAUGACCCCGAGGAUGUUUUGGAGGAAGAUAAAGACGGAAGAAUUAACUUCCGGUUGUCUGCUAGCUUUAAGAAGAAAGCUUGGCAAAGAUGGCAUAAUUCAGUGUUCGUGAAACUUCUGGGGAAAAAGUUGUCUCACGCGUUUAUGAAAAAGCGCUUAGAGAAUAUGUGGGAGAAGAAAGACCUCGAAUUUGCUCUAACAGCGGGGCCCUGGACUAUUUUUGAGCACUACUUGGCGAUCUGUUCUUGGGAGCCUGAUUUCCAUGCGCGAAGUGCAACGAUCAAUCGUAUUUUGGCAUGGGUUCGGUUGCCAGAAUUCCCGGUUGAAUACGUGAAUACAAGUUUAAUCAAGAGCAUUGGUGAUUGGCUUGGUAAAUUUGUUCGAGUGGAUGCUGCUACAACAACCCUUGCAAGAGGAAGAUUUGCAAGGUUAUGUGUGGAGAUCGAUCUCACCAAACAACUUCAAGCAGAUUAUAAGGUGGAAGGAAAGAUUAAAAGGAUUGAAUAUGAAGGACUACAUCUCAUCUGUUAUGAGUGUGGGAAGUAUGGUCACAGGAGUGAAGCAUGUCCUAAUAAACCUUUACAAGAGAGUGAGGAAGGAAAUCUAGGUAUGGAAGAUGGAGAAGCCAAUGAGGGCCACCUUAAGGAUUCACACUCUUCUCAACGGUCAGGGAGCAACAAUAAUUUUGUUCGUUGGAUGUUGGUUUCAAGGAACAGGAAUGGGAAAGGGAAUGCUGAUCAGGUUCGAGGAGAAGGAAAGAAAGGAAAAGGUAGCGUGGUGCCUGCAGGGAAGGAUAGGCUGGGUACUAGAUUCGAAGCUUUGAAAAGUACGGAGAUGUUAGAAACUGAAGUAUCCGCUUCCUCUCCAAGACAGAAGAAAGUCAUGUCUCAGGAGGUUAAAUUGAUAGAAACUUCCUCGAGAUUUAUGAUUGAAGGGGAUAAUGAAGAAGGAAAAAUUGUUGAGAAUAAGGCAGGAAGUAAUAGGGAGCAGUUAGCAGCUGGUGGUAAAAAAAUGAAUAAUCACGUGAAAAAUUCCAUGCAGAAAAUGACAAAAAAUGUUGUUGUAAUUUCUACUGGGCCACCUCGUGAGACAACAGUAAUGGCUCAAACUGGGGCGCUGAAAGUUGAGAAGAAAAAAGGUAGUCAGGCGAAUAAGGUAGCUGACGAAGGCAAGAGCAGUAAUAUAGGUGCUGCUAAAAAGGAAUUUGGUGGUACCCUUAGAUCUCUUGUUCACAAGCAUAAAGUGGAAGUUGUUGUUCUCCUUGAACCUCGUACUCACAGUGGUCUGGUUGAAGAAGCAAUUGGUUUUUCGGGAGGGAUAUGGAUUCUAUGGCACAGUGCUAAGGUUACAAUCUCUCCUCUGCUCCAAUCAUCCCAAUUCAUCCAUUGUCAGGUCAAGUUCCCAGGUACCCAUCAGUUUAUUUUUACUGCUAUUUAUGCGAAUCUUGCUCAAGCUAUUAGAGAUAAACUAUGGGAUGAGCUUAAAUGUCUAAGCGCUUCUAUCUCUGAUCCAUGGCUUUUGGGUGGGGAUUUUAAUGAAAUUGCUUUCACCAAUGAGAAGAAAGGUGGUGUUCUACCGAAUCAAAGUAAGUGUGGUAAGUUUGCUUCUGUUCUUCGGGACUGCCAGGUAGAUGACAUGGGGUGUGAUGGGUCAGCUUUUACAUGGCAAGGCCCAAAAUGGGGAGGAAUGCACAAGAUUUAUAAGCGAUUGGAUAGAGUGGUUGCUAUUGUUUCUUGGAGAAUGUCUUUUGAUGAAGCUAGAGUUUCUGCUCUUCCUCGCCUUUUGUCUGAUCAUAAUCCUUUAUUGAUUAAAUUAUUUGAAGAUAAAGAGGGUCAUGUUAAUAAACCUUUUUGGUUCUUUGUGGCAUGGCAAGAGCAUUAUAAAUUUAAUGAGUUUCUUACAGCCAACUGGGAGGAAGAAUUUGAUCUACCUUAUAUGCUGCAGAGAUUAGUCCCAAAAAUCAAGAUUUGGAAUAGAAGAGUAUUUGGCGAUAUUGAUAGGAGGAAGAAUAAUAUUAUCAGCAAGAUUGAUAACAUUCAGAAGCAAAGAGAAAACCAUGAUUCUGAUCAGCUUAAAUGCGUUGAAGAGAAUUAG